AUGGCCUCGAAAAUAUGUUCAAGCUGCUUUCGAGCCAGCCGGGGCUGGCCAAGGCAACCUCAGAAUCUGGGUUUUUUCGCGACCCAACAUGUAUAUCACCGAGCCCCUUUACAAGCAUCCUACCAGGCGUCCUUCUCGACCACAGCGUCACGUCCAACUUCGACAUCUUUGGCUGAGCUUCCCCGGCCUAAUAGGGGACGAGGCCGGAAGCCCCUCUUCUUUUCUUUCGCAGCAAUAGCUAUCGGCUCAGCCAGCUGGUACGGCCUCUCAGAGUCCGAGGACGACAGCCUCAAUACGACAAGGUUCACUCCGUUCAACAUCAUCUCGAAAGAGCAAGUCUCCCCAACAGCUUUCAUCCUGACCAUUCGCUGCCCGGGAGCUGUUCUGCCCAAAAAUGCGUCCAAAUUCAAGGCUGCCUGGGAACAUGGACUCUGGUCGGUUGAGAUGAAGCAACCCCAACUCCAAAUCGCUCGCCAUUACACGCCGCUGCCUCCAUUAAAUGCUGGUGAGGUAGAUGCCGGAGAGGUCCGUUUUCUCAUCCGCAAGAUGGACGGCGGGGAGAUGUCGAAUUACCUGUCAAGACUCCAGGUGGGAGAUCAGGUAUGGUUGCGUGGCCCGCAUUACGGAUUCGACAUCAAGAAGCGACUGGGGGAUGCGCAAGACGUGGUAUUUGUUGCGGGCGGUACCGGAAUUGCCCCUGCUUUGCAGAUUGCCCACAAGCUGUUGGAUGCGUCGAGUACGAGCAACACACUCCAGAGUGGCAAACUGUCCGUCCGGAUUCUCUGGGCGAACCGUAAAAAUGUCGACAGCCUUGGUAGAGAGCAGUUGACGGGCAGGUCCAAAGAGGCGAAGCGCGGUAGAGCUAUGGAAUCCUCCCUAACAAAUCAAGUCAUGGAGCUGCAGCGCAAGCAUGGAGACAGCUUCACAAUCGAUUAUUUUGUUGACGACGAGCGCUUUAUUGCACAAUCAGAUAUCAAUGCCGCGCUUGGUUUGCAAGCUCAGAAGCAGCCAGUCUUUGCGCGAGCAGACAAAAGCUGUCGCUGGCAUUCUCACGAGAGACUUGCUUCAGUAUCCGACGAGGAAGACCGCACCCAAACCCUGGCUUCGAAAUGUACGUGUCGUCCACACAAAAUGCCUGAGGAGCCUAUCGGAAGAAAUCUCGUCUGCGUCUCUGGCCCCGACGGAUUCAUCGAGGCUUUUGCUGGGUCAAAGCGUUGGUUUGGUGGCAGAGAGAUCCAGGGACCUGUACUAGGCUUAUUGGGUUCUAUGAAGAGGAUGGACCCCAGGAUGGAUGACUGGCUUGUAUUGAAAAUGUAA